AUGAAGGAAACCAUGGAACCAGACGCCAUGGACGUCGACUCUGGGGACGAUGACCCAGUUGUUUGUGAAUUCGAUGUGUUCUUAAACAAUACUGUAUUGCAAGAUCUAUUGGGUAGCGUUGCAGAACCAGCUACAACAGUUGCUGUGGCAAAUGAACUUUCCAGCAAACCUUUUGGGGACCUGUUCUUGUUCCAGUACCCAUUAGAAGUCGCAGAAUCAGACUUACAAGAUACCCAAGAAGAUGUAGAAACACAUAAUACCAUAGCAAAGAACUCCAAUGCCACGGAGAUGCUAGAAAUAUCAAAAUUAUCCGUUGGCACAGAAUCCAAACGAGAAAUCGUAGAUGAAAGGAUGUAUGGGGUAUCAUCUAUUGUCAAAAAAAGGAAAAGAAGCAGCUGCCCGUACUUCCAAGUGGUAUAUGAUAUAGGAACGAAGUAUCAAGGUAGUGCGAAACCAGUAGCAGGAAAGAAGGGAUCACAUGCUUCAAGCCCAUUCCUUCGUUGCGAACCUUCAGACCCAGCCAGCACAAUCAACCUUUUGGAAUUAGCAAAACCAGCACAACCGUCCAAAAAGGGUACCCUAAAACUCAGAUCGGAAAUAGUAACAGGUGAUCAUGUAUGCGAUUGCCUCGGGGUACUAGUGGUAGAGGAAACGGAACAUGGACUGGUCAGGUCGCUACACAUGGUACCAGUAAAGGGUGUAAUACAACUAAGACCAAAGGUGAAACCUUGCGCAAGCGAAAUUGUAAAUUUCGACGAUACACUCACAAGCUUGUUCCAAAACAGAAACCUACAAUGGCGUGAUAUCAACACAAUCAGAGAUGCUAAUUCGCCACAGUCGAAAGAAAUAGUACAUAUACUCACACAAAGGUAUAUGCCAAUACAACAUAUUGCGAGAUCACCAAUCUACUUCAAAGGUACACCAGAACUAUAUAUCAACGCAGUAUGCUUCGCACAAGAGUAUGGAAAGUAUCAUGAUGAGUGGCAUUGUAGCCUAGAGUCAGAUGUAGAUGGAUAUCGCCACGCAAUGAAUCCAGCAUUCACAUUGGAAGGGCGGAGUAUAGUAUAUAGGGAGAUGCAUGAAAAUACACCGAACAUAAGGUUCAUGAGCACUCUCAGUGUACAAACACAACUCAAGCUACUACUGACACUGAGAUAUAUAGACUCGUUCUAUUCCCUGAAAAAAGAUGUAGUUUGUGAUGAAGAUACCACGGAUGAACAACUUAUAGAAAUAUUGCAGGAAUUCGCCACGAACAUUGACGGAAAUUGGAUACUCUCAUCAGAACAUGCCAUCACAAACUAUACGACGGAAGAUGAUUUCGACAAUGAUGACAGGGCAUACCUAAUCGUGUGUCGAGAUGUGAUGCUCGGACUGUUCUAUCGCGAUGUUGUCAUGAGGGAUCUGUUGCAAAAGGGAGCUUAUGGACACGUAACAAUGGAAGCAGUGCACAGCCUCACGGGACUGCCAGUACCCAUGGUACACGAAAUGCUCUCACACGUGGCAAAACAACAUGGAAAAUUAUGGACACUGAAGUUGAAACGUGAUAGGGAUUUCUACAAUUCACACAGCUCGUUGAUGAAAACUUAUCAGGCAUACUGGCCGAAUAGGCUGCACGAGUGUAUGAAACACAUCAAAACAAUGCGAGAAACUGAAAGCUCCAAAGUAUCACAGAUCAUAUACCGCUAUAUACUGAAAUCAGCUAUAACAACAGCACUGAACCAUCGAGUAUAUUCGGCAGAACAGAUCUCAGAAGAAUUGACGUCUAUCGGGUAUUCAAUCGAUUCUGCAGCGGUGUUUGAGAGUCUGUUACAACAAGUGGCUAUUCCGUUUCUCAGAGGCAACACGAAAAUGUGGGUUCUGAAAAAGAGCUGUGCCUCUUUUAACUCGUUGAAGAUGUGGUUAGCGGGUGAAACGCAUACCGUUACAAGGAGAAUAAAAACAGAAGCUGUUAGACGAACGUUGCAAGAUACACCUCUACCGGACUUUUUGAAAAGACGGUUAGCAAUGUUGCCGUCGUCAUAA